GUAUGCCUAAUUUAUUUCCUCCUAUGUAUAAUUUAUAAAUCUGUGUAUUGUGUAUAAUUAAAUGAUUGUAUUGAAAACUUCAACUACAACUUUAACCUAUUUAAUAAUAAUUAUCAAACUUUCAAAAUCUGGCUGUGAAACAUAAGACUCAUUAAAAUGUCAACUCCACCUCGAGAAACUAUUCAAAAGCAAAUACAACAGGACUGGGCGAAUAGGGAAUACAUUGAAGUUAUUACAGGAAGCAUCAAGAAAAUUACGGAUUUCCUCAACUCGUUUGAUAUGUCAUGUAGGUCUCGGCUUGCUACUUUAAAUGAAAAAUUAACAUCAUUAGAAAGGAAGAUUGAUUAUUUAGAAGCAUGUGUGACCAAAGGAGAAACUUUGACAUAAGUGCCACAUAGUGAAAAGAUGAAGAAAUACAUGAAGUAGCUAAAUUGAGCAUUAAUAGAUUGAUAGUGCUGAAACUUACACAAUUUAUUUCACCGAAGUAAUUUAAAUCUUUGAUUUUAUUGAAACUUAGCUUAAUUAAAGAAUUUCUAAUUUAAUUUACAAGUUGUAAGCUCUCCAAUUAAUUUAAAUUGUAUGACUGCAUAGUCUUAAUUUCUAGAAAUCCCCUUGAAAUAUAUGAGGAGAGUUUUUUGUGAUUUUGAGUUAUUACUGACUUUUAGCUUUAAGCAAUUUGUUGCUGAAUGGUACAGUCUUACCAUGCUUUCAAUAAUAAUUGAUUGGUGUAAAGGGUCACCAUGUCAUCAAUUAAAAAUAAAGUAAAAUACAUAUUUGACUAAAUUUUUGUUCUGAUUGUAUGCAUAAUCAAAAAUAGUUUUUGCUUUUGUUUUGUCCAGCAAUAUGGACAGAGCUGUUUUAUCACUUGCCAUUGUAUAAUUGAACAUACAGUAUACAAGCUGUUAUAACCAUACUAGUAUGUAUACUCUUAUUACAAUUGUAAAAGUGCUACUAUCAAAUUUAAUACCUUCUUAAUUAUUGUUAAUAUUCUAAAUUGAGAUUUUGUGUUUGAUUCAGUGUGACCUACCAGUAUCAACUCAAGUUAAGGUUAGGUUUGAGUAUGGUAAACAUUAUUUAAUUCUUAGUUAUGUUAAGUUUUUACAUUUAUAUUUAAAAUGUCUCUUAGCUUAUUUAAAUUAUAAAUAAAGAUGAUUCUUGUCUUG